GUUACUGCGUCACAUAAUGGUGGUGGGUUCGGGUGCAGGAGGCCUUGCAUUGCGUGGAGGAACUGGACCAGGGCAGGAUGCUUUACGUUUUUGUUCAGGUGGGUGUGGAGACCAUGCUGGAGCGAAACCAGAUCACACGUGACCACAUGGGUCAUCUGUUCCAUCAGCUGCUGCAGGCUGGGAUCCUCUCCACAUCUCAGUUUUUUAAAGGGUUCUCAGAAACCCACGAGAUAGCAGAUGAUAUGGCGAUUGACAUUCCUUAUGUAUGGCAGUACAUAGCGGAGCUCGUUAAUCCUGUGCUUCGGGAAGGAGGAAUCUCUUUGAGAGAAUUAUUAAUUGAAUUUAGCAAACCACUACUUCCUGUGGCAAGAGCCGGCAUAUUAUUUGCAGAAAUAUUGCACCUUCUCUGCAAACACAUGGUGGAGGAGCAGAAGGUGGAGGAGCAGAAGGUGGAGAAGCAGAUGGUUGAGGAGCAGAUGAUGGAGGAUCAAAAAAGAACAGACUGAAGUCCGUUGGACUUUUGGAGACUUUAGAGAAUGUCAUGAUGGAGAACGGACGCGGAGGCAUCGGGUAUGUGACGUUUUCAUCUCCUGAUGAGGCUCGAGUAGACAUCAUGGAGAUGAACGACAGGGUGCUGGGCAGCAGGACUGUGUACUUAAGUCCCUCUUAGACCACCCAGGGACGAAGUCACGGCAUGAAGGUAGAAACCAUCUCGCCUUCAAAACCCUGCCCAGACCCAAGACCCAACGCCAACAAGA